GUCCGCGCCAAAGCUCAGACAGACAGAGCACGACUGAUUGAUACGGUCAUAUAUACACAUACGCACGCCUAUUUACGCACGGUCUUGUGUAGAUAGAUAGCGUUCGUGUAGGUGUCUCAAGAUACACCGCAGCUUCACCAGGAGGACGAGGACCAUCCCUGGAUUUUAACUCUGCUGCUGGGGAUUGUAUUUCUGCUCGUUUUUUGCGCUUACCACGCCGGAGCCGCGCUGACGCACAGCGGUGCUUCUCGGUCAGAGAGGCGGUGCGGUGGGCGCUCUGCACCUGGAUUAAACCAAGCUUCGCCUCGGUGCCUCUUCUGAUCUGUGUUUUCACUCUUUGGACUUUACUACUCUCAAACACAGAGCAAGAACACACCAGGAUUUCUACCUUUCUCCUUUUUUUGCUGCGUUUUCCUGUUUUGUCCAUGCAGCAGUGAAAUAUGUUGCUGUCAAAGUUUGGCUCUUUUUCCCACAUUUGCAACCCAAACAGCAUGGAUCACUUGCCGGUGAAAAUUCAGCUUCAGCCUGUGAAAGUGGAGCCAGAGCCUUUUGAGAAAGUCUAUCAGGUGGGUUCGGUGUUGGGAAGCGGUGGCUUCGGGACGGUGUACGCCGGCAGCCGCAUUUCUGACGGUUUACCGGUCGCUGUCAAGCAUGUGGCCAAAGACAGAGUCACAGAAUGGGGCUCUAUUAAUGGUGUGAUGGUGCCUUUGGAAAUUGUGCUGCUGAAGAAAGUAGGCUCAUCGUUUCGAGGUGUGAUCAAGCUGCUGGACUGGUACGAGAGGCCGGACGGCUGGUUAAUCGUUAUGGAGAGACCGGAGCUGGUCAAGGACCUUUUCGACUUCAUUACCGAGAAGGGUGCUCUGGACGAGGCCACGGCGCGAGGGUUUUUCCGCCAGGUGCUGGAGGCUGUGCGCCACUGCUACAGCUGUGGGGUGGUUCACAGAGACAUCAAGGAUGAGAACCUGCUGGUGGAUCUUCGCACUGGAGACCUCAAACUCAUCGACUUUGGAUCUGGGGCAUUUCUUAAGGACACAGUGUACACAGACUUUGACGGUACAAGAGUGUACAGUCCGCCUGAGUGGAUCCGUUUCCACAGAUACCACGGACGCUCGGCAACCAUCUGGUCGCUAGGGGUGCUGCUGUACGACAUGGUCUGUGGAGACAUCCCCUUUGAGCAGGACGAGGAGAUCAUCAGAGGGCGCCUUUACUUCAGGAGGCGAAUCUCUGCAGAGUGCCAGCAGCUAAUCAAGUGGUGCCUCUCCCUAAGACCCUCAGACAGGCCCACAUUGGAGCAGAUAUUUGAGCACCCGUGGAUGCGUCCCGCUGAAGUGUCCAAAGCAGAAGAAAGCGACAUCCGGCUUCGGACCAUCAGCACGGACACUUCCAGCAUGAGCUCCAGCAAGGAGAGCCUUUGAAAGAAGGCCUUUGCUAUGGGGAGGGACUGGGACUCAUAACGGACCUCUGAUCUGCUCUGCCCUGCCAUCGCCAGGCUUGCAGAUUUUGUGUUUUUCCUCUUGUAGGGAAUCAUAAUUUAUUACAGUUUGCUCUUCCUUUAUAUCUUUUUAUUUGUUCUUUUUUAUGGUUCAUAAAUCGUUUCCUGGUUGGGGAACAUUUUGCUGUUCGGGCGGACUUACCAGCACUAUUUAUUAUUAUUAUUAUUAUUAUUAUUAUUAUUAUUAUUAUUUGUUACAAGGCUGGUUUAUGCAUCUGGCAAGCCUCCCACACAGAUGUGGCUGCUCUCAUAGAGCUUGGAGAACAUUUUAUUUAAAUGUUUUAAUUUUUGAUUUGGAGUGCCUUUUUGAAAGCUGCUGUUUUUUGGGGGGCUUUCAUCAUUUUUGCUUUUUAAUUUUUUUGGUUCUGUUUUAUUUUAAGUUUCCCUCGAGCUGAUUUUGGAAGUUGCUCAGCAGGUGGCGAUGGCCUUCAUCGACCACUGUGCGCAAAUGACCAUCCGGCCUGGGGGAGGUCUUACAAUGGGGGAGGGGGUGACCAAUAGAAAUACUUGAAACGCACUCACUCACUCACACUGCAUCUCCUUCUUCUAACGCUGCUCAGUCACAGUUUAGCCUACACAGGUCUGGAAAACUGUUUUCUUUGAUCUUUCUUUCUCUGAAUGUGUAUAGAGAGAUUCAGUACAACCGCUGUACCUUCUAGAGGGUAUAUUUAAAGCCCCCUCCCAAAUCUCCUCGAACCCCUGUUCCCUCACUCCUGUUCUGCUCCUCAUCCCACUGCUGAUACUACGUUGGCCUGGUCCCCGCCUGGGUUGUUUGGGGGGCUGGGUGUGAAAAUGCACAAUCAAUGCAAUAUUCAUGGAUUUUUUUUUUUCUUUAGUAAUCUUGUACAGUUUGUGUGGGUUUUUUGUGUACAGUUUCUUUUUUUGCAUUUAAUUUAUUUGUAACAUGUAGACAUUCCACACUCUGUGGCUAUUUAUUUUUUAUUUAUUGUCCAUGCUUAAAAUCCAAAUUUUUGCAUACCUUUUAUAUGGCCUUUUGUUUGCAUUCCUGUUGUCAUUUUUAUUUUUACAUUCGGACAAGAGAUGGUGGAUGCACUGAAGCUGUUGUCAAUGUAAAAAGGAAUAAAACAAGGUUUACUUAAAUUGGACGAGCCACGAAUGUUAUUUAACUUGUCUUGUUGGUCAUCGGUUGCCUUGAAACGGCUCUAAUCAGAAAUGACUACAUGGUUUUGUUGUUUUUCGGGUCUGUGUAAUCUCCAUUUGCUAGAUGAAGAAGUGUUUUAGAGAAUUGGGAUGGGCUAUUCUUGUCGCUGGCUCUGCAGUAGUCCAGUGUUUAGAUGUUCUCUAUCUCUCUAAUAGUUCACAAGCUGUAUGAACCACAAUGGAGAUCCUAUUUUUAUACAAAACGUUUCAAUUAAACUUUUUAUUUGUACAGAA